AAUCGAGCUGUCUGCGUGUGCACCAAGAUUAGCCGCGCCUCCUUCCUCUUCUGUACUGUCAAUCAUGAGCCGCAGCAGCAGCAGUGGCGACCGGCCGGAAGCGUUGGGGAGAUGCAGCCGAAGAGAAAUAUAGCGCCAGCAGCACUGAGAAGGCAAGGGGCUGGAAGUGGAUUCUUGAAGUAGUGUUUUGGAGUUGACACUUUGCGUCUAUCCCUCUGAUACUCAUUGAAUAGUAUCAUUUUGAUAGAGGUGAACACGAAAUAACGCAAAAGCAGGAUUUCACUGGCGAGGCAAACAGUAGGGUGUGCAACAAGCAGGGAAAUCUUAGCUUGCUGGUAGUGGUGCAUGAUAAAGUAGCAGGGGUUUCUCACAUCUACACGGGACAGAUCUUGAUUUUAGUGCGCAGAUUCUGUUUUCAGUCAACAGAAGAAAGUGUUCUUUUUUCCUGGAUAAAGGAAGGUAAUAAUCUGAUCAAAGGGAAAGUGUGAGGGUACUGAAAAUACGGCUCACCGCCAAGUGAAAACAGCUGCAUUGUGGAGAUUACUGUCUGCAACACGUCGUCCAUCGCUGGGAUAUCUAUUUAUCUGACUGUAUUGCUUGCAGAAAUUGACAUUUCGGAUACUCCUUAGCAGUCCCUUGAGGAGAGGGACGUUAAUAGGGUAGUGUUAUUAAGUGCAAUUAAACCAUGGCUACGGGGAGCAGUGUUGUCGCGUCUCUGGUGGCCAGUAAAACCAAGACCAAGAAAAAACAUUUUGUUGCUCAGAAAGUAAAGCUGUUUCGGGCCAGCGACCCUCUGCUUAGUGUCCUUAUGUGGGGAGUUAACCAUUCGAUCAAUGAACUAAGUCAUGUCCAAAUUCCUGUUAUGUUGAUGCCAGAUGACUUCAAAGCAUAUUCCAAGUUAAAGGUUGACAAUCACCUUUUUAACAAGGAAAACAUGCCAAGCCACUUUAAAUUCAAGGAAUACUGUCCAGUCGUCUUUCGGAAUUUAAGGGAACGAUUUUCAAUUGACGAUCAAGACUAUCAGAAUUCAUUGACAAGAAGUGCACCGCUUAUAAACGACUCCCAGGGACGCAGUGGAGCUCGAUUCCAUACCAGCUAUGAUAAGAGAUAUGUCAUUAAAAUUAUAACAAGUGAAGAUGUAGCAGAGAUGCAUAAUAUAUUGAAAAAAUACCACCAGUACAUAGUGGAAUGUCAUGGGAAUACACUGCUCCCUCAGUUCCUUGGUAUGUACAGGCUAACAGUCGAUGGGGAUGAAACUUACAUGAUUGUCACCAGAAAUGUUUUCAGCCAUCGAUUGUCAGUGCAUAGAAAAUACGAUCUAAAGGGCUCAACAGUGGCUCGAGAAGCUAGUGACAAGGAGAAGGCCAAGGAAUGUCCAACAUAUAAAGAUAAUGAUUUCAUUAACGAUGGAUUGAAGAUACACGUAGAUGAAAAUGACAAAAAGAUGUUCCUUGAAAAGCUGAGGAAGGAUGUUGAGUUCCUUGCUGUGCUAAAACUUAUGGACUAUAGUCUGCUGCUUGGCAUUCAUGAUGUUGAGCGAGCUGAACAGGAAGACGUGGACUAUGAGGAAAACGAUGAAGAUGAGGGAGAAAGCGAUGGAACACAUCCUGUAGGAACACCUCCUGACAGUCCUGGAAAUACAUUAAAUAGUUCUCGGCCUACAGGUCCUGGGGAAUUUGAUCCAACGAUUGACGUUUAUGCAAUAAAAAGUCAAAAUAAUGCUCCAAGAAAGGAAGUGUACUUCAUGGCAAUUAUUGAUAUUCUCACACAUUAUGAUGCAAAGAAAAAAGCUGCACAUGCUGCCAAGACUGUCAAACAUGGAGCUGGCGCUGUAAUCUCCACUGUCAACCCAGAACAAUAUUCAAAGCGUCUGUACGAUUUUAUCACCAACAUCCUGACAUAGUAUACCACUUAUUUACAGACAGAUACAGGAAGUGGGAGCAGGAUGGGAUCACAGUCUUGUGGAUGGAAUACAGGCAGAUCUCCGCAAAGUGCUGUACUUGGAGAAAGCGAAUCCCUUGUUUACACCU